UGACACAUGUCACGACACUAACUUAACGUGUCGUGGCCAACACUCGGAAGCAGGAUGAAUUCAGCAACGACGCCAUUGACGGCGGGCUCCCAGUUCAUUCAAGCGGACGAAGACGAUGAUUUGGACGAGGAAAGCAUCCCGGGAUUCACCCAUCCAUCUAUGCAGUCACCACAAACAUCAGAUAAAGGAAAGGGUCGUGCGAGGGAGCCUGACCAGCUGGCGGCGCCUUCGAAUAACGGAAGGAUCUCUAGUCCCGUUCUUUCUGGGAACAUAGGCAGCUCUGCAAAUGGAGGUGCGCCUCGGUCAGGAGCGCGCCAGACUAUUGGUGGUAUCAGAGUUGAAACACGAUACUCUGGUGUUGAUACUCUUGACGAACCGGUUCUGACCACUAUUGCCCGAGAUCUGCUUUCAAUAUACUCGAAACUUGUGCAAGUGCUGUAUCCUCGUCGGGCAACAGGUCGUGAAGUUCUAAGGGAUUGGGAUUUAUGGGGCCCGUUACUACUCUGUCUGUUUCUCGGAAUAAUGCUUAGUGUGAACGCACCACCCAGCCAGUCAUUGGGUAUAUUUACGAGUGUUAUCGUCAUAUGCUCUCUCGGUGCUCUAGCGGUCACGGUGCAAGCCAAGCUCCUUGGCGGUCGAGUGUCGUUCUUCCAAGGUCUGUGCGUACUAGGUUAUUGCAUCGCACCGUUAGAUAUCGCUGCAUUGAUUUCGUGCUUCGUACGCAUUAUUUACAUACGCGCACCCAUUGCUCUCGUGGCGUGGGCUUGGUGUGUAUGGGCGUCUGUCAAUUUCCUCGAUGGAACAAAAAUCGAUGCACAACGGAUUCUGUUGGCCGUUUACCCCUUGCUUCUUUUCUACUUCAUUCUGGCUUGGAUGAUUCUUAUACAAUAAGGCGUGAUUAUAGUCGCGUGUUUUAUUCAUUACUCGUCGAACAUUGGGGCUUUCAUUUAAUUGCUGUGU